AAUACUUUCUGAAAAUGGCAGAAGCUCAUCAAGCCGUAGCAUUUCAAUUUACAGUAACUCCAGAUGGGAUUGACCUGCGAAUGAGCCAUGAGGCUCUCAGACAGAUCUAUCUCUCUGGUCUCCAUUCCUGGAAAAAGAAGUUCAUCAGAUUCAAGAAUGGAAUUAUCACAGGCGUGUAUCCUGCUAGCCCAUCGAGUUGGCUUAUUGUUGUGGUGGGGGUGAUGUCAACUAUGUAUGCUAAAAUUGAUCCUUCUUUAGGAAUAAUAGCUAAAAUCAACCAAACCCUUGAUACAACUGGUUAUAUGUCCAACCAAACACAGAACAUUGUGAGUGGGAUGCUUUUUGGAACAGGGCUAUGGGUAGCCCUUAUUAUGACAAUGCGAUACUCACUGAAGAUGCUGCUUUCCUAUCAUGGAUGGAUGUUUGCUGAACAUGGCAAACUUUCCCAGGGAACCCAGAUUUGGAUGAGACUGGUAAAGCUUUUCUCAGGUUGUAAACCAAUGUUGUACAGCUUUCAGACAUCUCUGCCACGACUACCGGUCCCAGCUGUUAAAGACACUGUAAACAGGUAUCUGGAAUCAGUUCGACCACUUAUGGAUGAUGAACAGUUCAAAAGAAUGGAGGGCCUUGCCAAAGAUUUUGCAGUUAAUCUUGGACCAAAACUGCAAUGGUAUUUGAAACUGAAAUCCUGGUGGGCCACAAACUAUGUUAGCGACUGGUGGGAAGAAUAUAUCUACCUCAGAGGACGUGGGCCAAUUAUGGUUAAUAGUAAUUACUAUGCAAUGGACUUUCUGCAUGUUAUUCCCACCUCCCUGCAAGCAGCUAGAGCUGGUAAUGUUAUCCAUGCCACCCUUCUCUACAGGAAAAAAUUGGACAGACAGGAAAUCAAGCCAAUUCUUCUGAUGGGAUCCACUGUUCCGCUCUGCUCAGCUCAGUGGGAGCGAAUGUUUAAUACCUCCCGUAUCCCAGGAGAGGAAACAGACACUAUCCAGCACAUAAAGGACAGCAGACACAUUGUUGUGUAUCAUAAGGGCCGUUAUUUCAAAGUCUGUCUCUAUCACGAUGGUAGACUAUUGAAAGCUCGGGAAAUUGAACAGCAGAUGCAAAGAAUUCUGGAUGACAGUUCACAACCUCAGCCUGGAGAAGAGAAGUUAGCAGCUCUUACUGCAGGAGAUAGAGUACCCUGGGCUAAGGCUCGUCAGGCCUAUUUUGGCCAUGGGAAGAACAAGCAGUCCUUGGAUGCUGUGGAAAAAGCAGCUUUCUUUGUGACUUUGGAUGAAACUGAGCAGGGAUACAGGGAAGAGGAUCCAGUGACUUCAAUGGAUGCAUAUGCAAAGUCUCUGCUUCAUGGCAAUUGUUAUGACAGGUGGUUUGACAAAACAUUCACUCUUGUCGUAUUCAAGAAUGGCAAAAUGGGCCUGAAUGCGGAACAUUCUUGGGCAGAUGCUCCUAUUGUUGGACACCUUUGGGAGAAUGUUAUGUCUUCCGAAUGCCUUCAAUUGGGAUAUACAGAGGAUGGUCAUUGCACAGGAGACAUCAAUCAAAAUAUUCUAUUCCCCACCAGACUACAAUGGGACAUCCCUGAAGAAUGCCAAGAAGUGAUAGAGAGGUCCCUGUGCACUGCGAAAACUCUAGCAAAUGAUGUCGACUUCUUCUCUUUUCCCUUUGAUAAUUUUGGCAAAGGAUUAAUCAAGAAAGCCAAAAUAAGCCCUGAUGCCUUUGUGCAACUUUCCCUUCAGCUGGCUCACUAUCGGGACAUGGGAAAAUUUUGUUUAACAUAUGAAGCCUCUAUGACCCGCCUGUUCAGAGAAGGAAGGACAGAAACAGUGCGCUCGUGUACUAUUGAAUCAUGCAAUUUUGUUCAAGCCAUGGAAGACCCAACCCAAAGUAAUGAAAAGAGGUGUAAACUAUUCAGGAUUGCUGCUGCUAAACACCAGCACAUGUAUCGCCUUGCCAUGACUGGUUCAGGCAUUGACCGUCACCUGUUCUGCCUUUAUGUGGUGUCCAAAUACCUUGGUGUUGAGUCUCCUUUCCUCAAAAAAGUUUUGUCAGAGCCUUGGAGGUUGUCAACAAGUCAAACACCACAGCAGCACAUUGAUCUGGAGAAGAACCCUGAGUUUGUGUCCAGUGGCGGAGGCUUUGGACCUGUUGCUGAUGAUGGUUAUGGUGUGUCUUACAUUAUUAUAGGUGAACACCUCAUCCAUUUUCAUGUGUCCAGCAAAUUUUCUUGCCCUGAGACAGAUUCUCACCGUUUUGGAAAAAACAUCAAACAAGCAAUGGUUGACACUCUGGCUUUAUUUAACAUUGCUUUAAACUCUACCAAGUGAUUUCCUAAUAUCAGUGCCAGUCUCCUACCACUGGGGUGAGAACUCUUCUGAUCAAUGAAUGAAAGAAGCAAUGGUUGUAGGGGCAUUUGAGUCACAAUCAUCCAGUGAUUACCUGUGAAUAAGGAUUCACCACCUAGGCUGAGGUUCAAAUAUCCCAUCACUCUGCAAUAGCUCAGAAGAGUUUUCUUCCCAUAAGGGAUCACUUUUGACAUUCUAUGUGAUUCUAGGGAUGCUAUAAGUCAACAUCAAGUGAAAGAUGUGUAUUGUACCUACUGUAGGCCUGUCUCAAUUUUGUGUACAUUUGAUAACUUUUUACUUAAAAUCUGGGUCUACUUGUAUUCCAAAUGAGUGGACAAAAUUUAUUAAGACAACCUCAAUCAGCAGAAAUGUUUGAGUUUAUAUGUACGGAUUGCAAAAUGUCAAUUAGUAUAUCAUUGAGUGACAAAAGACUUGUUGGCAUUCGUCUAAGUUGUCACUUUUUAAAGGUAUUUCUUUGCAUUGAAAAUAUUUCACAAUCUGAUGUAACCUAAUGUAAUGCACUAACUGAAAAUAUACUGUGCUUCUUGGAAAUAAGUAAAAGCUAUAGUGGGUGAUAAAAUAGUUGCAUUACCCAAAAAGAUGGCAAGUAUCACCUAUUUUCGUGUUUUGUAAGCAUAUAAUUUGCUACAUCUUAAUUUUAUUACCAUAUAAACAGACCUGCAUGUUGUGUGAGCCAGUGCCUUAAACAUGAAAGGCCUCAAACACAAAAAAAGCCUUACACUAUGGGGUGCUUGUUUUUUGUGUUAUAGAAAUUUUCUGUGGUGAACAAGGAGAAUGGGAUUGUAAAUUUAAUUCUCAAGUUGUGAUUUAUUUAGGUGCAACACAGGGUAGAAAAGUGCAUGUUCUUAUACAUUGCAAUUUUGCUAAGGGCCCCUAUGUGAAAUGCCCCUUGAAAGCCCAGUCCCCUGGUAAAAAAAUUGUUUUUCUACUGCCAUGAUUAAAGGAGCAUCCACAUUUCCAAACAUCUUUAAAGGGAAAGGAUUAAGACAAACAAAUGAUAAUGCCAGAAUGGCGAAAUCUGGCAUUCUCUGGUUACCUGGAAAGGCUAUAGGUCAAGUCAGGGAGGACUCACACACAAUUGAUGAGGAAAGCCAAUGGGGAGGGAAGGAAAGGUGCGGGGGUGGGAGGAGGGGACUGAACAAUACCACUUAAAGGUAUAUAAUGGAAGUGCUGAAAGCAAAGAAGAAACCCCUCCAGUUUGCUUGCUAUGAAAUUAAAUGAAGUAGGUUUUUGUGAUACCUUUUCCCUGGGAUUCAAGAUUGUGGUCCUUCUAGACAGUCUUCGUAUCACACAGAGCCUACGCAGCAUAAAAUGUGGCAAGUAUUUGUCAGAGCAACUGUAUAUAAAAGGAUCAUGUAACACAUGCAGUGGUGCUUAAUAUCCAAAUGAUACUCCAGGGCUAUAAUAACAUUAACAGUCCUGUGGAAAAAAAUGUUUAAUUUAGCUGUAGACUGAAAAUAGGAAUAUUUUCUGUUGUUUUAUUUUGUGUCUGCCACUUUUUUUUUCCCCUCUGGGUUUUGCAUGAGUUUGAUACCUAAAUUUGGGAAGGUAGGCCCUGCUGAAGAUCACAGAUGCAUAGUUAUGCAAAUAUUGUAAUGCAGGAACCCAACAGAAGUGGACCAGAGAUAUUUUUAUUGGAUCAGAUAGUGUGCAGGCAAGGAGAUUAUCAAAUAAGCCUUACUGCAACUGGCAGGCAUGGCAUCUAAUCAGACUACUGCAGCAACUUCACAGUGAGUUGUCCUUUUGCAGCUGCAGAAAUCAUGCACUAUUUAUGACCACUGACCAAUUUGUAUUAAAUUAACAUUAAGACAUUAGCUUGUAGAAGAUUUUUUUUUUUUUUAUUAAGAACAUAUUUAGGUUUUACUCUCAGGUUUUAAAUGUUUCAUAUGUAAUUUGUAGGUAUUGCAGUUAUCAAUGCAAUUUUACACUCCUUAAGAGAGUGUAAAUAUAAUUGGCACAGGAAGACUUUGUUUUUAUUGUACAUGUUGAAAAGGGUGAUAAGUUUCAUGUAUUUUUUAUUUGGAGCCAAGACGUUCUAAACAGGUAAGGUUUGUCUUUCAUUUAUCUUAAAAUGUCAACUUCAUGUAAAUAAAAAUGUGCUCUUUUGGAUGUAAAUCUUAAAAAUGCACAGUAGGUUAUUAAUAAAAAAAAUCUAAAUUCUCCCAUA